CGACCAGUCGAAUAAUCUCUCUCGCCAGAGUCAACACAUCUUGGAGCCAAUGCAUUCUUCUACAGGUAUCAGAGAUGUGAAAAAUACGAGCACAUGAGAUUUGUGUUGCUGAACACCUCCGCCCUUCGCCCGAGAAUGCCAGACAAGCUGAAGCUGCCGGAGACACUUGUCUGACUCUACAAUGUCUCUACAAUCUCUAUAUUGGGAUGUCUUCUUGUUCUAAUCCAUAUCGUCGAGGAUCGAGUAUCUCGAGUUCUUGAGCGAUAUGGGUAUAAGAAAGAAUUUUCAUCUUGACUACACGACUCGUGUGAUGCUAGCACAAGCGGUAGGCUAUCAAAUGUCCACAGCUCUACAGUACCUGCAUUCUGAGAAUAUUGUACACGCUGAUAUCAAGCCCGAAAACGUCCUUUGCUUUGGUAACAAUUUCCAAGCUUUACGUUUCAAGCUCUCGGACUUUGGCCUAUCCCAAGUUCUGGAUCUGGACAGUAACGACUCUAUGAGACUUGGAGGUACUGCUCACUACAUGGCGCCAGAAGUCUGCAACGGACAUGUGGAAGGUCGAUAUGCGACCAAAGCCGAUAUCUACUCUUUGGGAAUGGUGCUGUACAACAUCAUCGCUAACAAUCUUUGGUUCCCCUUCGACGGAUACGGUCGUAUUCCGGGCGAAGCGCGCAUCAUCCAUGCUAUGAUGGCACGAAACUCAAAAGGCCGUCCUUGGGCCAUGACUUGUGUCAACAACAGAUGGAUCAGUGACGGAGUCCACCUCCGUCGCUUCGAACAGAUAGGAUUAAGCAAUGCUUGUAGCGACGAGUACUCUAGCGAAGAUCACUCCAGUAACAAGUAUCACGAUAACGAGGACGAGGAUGAGGACGACUCCGAUGACGACGACGAAUACUACUCCUCCAGUGACAACGGCUAUGAUGAUCGAGACUCGCUGGCUCAACACAUGAACCGCUUUCAGAUCUAUUAACGUGAAACGUGCAGGCCGUUCUCACAAUUUCAUGUUUUUCUUCUGAAGCAUCUUUCAAUAUCGUCGCAAAUGUCUUGCUUUCCGCUCGACUUUCGCCAUGAGUGUCUUGUCCUGAAAGAGCUGCGUUUUUAUGCAUACAGAGAACUUGGUGAGUGCUUGGAUGGUUUUGAAAUAUCUUGAUGUCUUGUACCAGAUAUGCAUGUCUUAUCUCACGGAUGGCUGGUUCAGUCCACGGUCUCAGAUGUGCCCAUAAAUGGACACAUACAACGAUAACACC